GUGGAGAGACAAACCUUUCGCUCUUGUCCCUACGGUUUGCUCGGGGAUGCGUCGUUACUGCGAGAUUUAAGUGUUUUCUAUUUCUUUUCAAAUAGCGCUGAGACCAUUUUGCGCAAGGCUGCAGUUUCAGAAUGACUGGGGUUUUUGAGAAUUUAAACACAGAUAUGCAUUCCAACCAGAUUACCUCAAGCAACUACCAUAGUCUGCACAAGUCGCAAGAGUCUCCUACACUGCCGGUGUCCACGGCCACGGACAGCAGCUACUACAACAGCCAGCCAUUCGGUCAACUCGGCUACCAGUACCACGGCAGCACCGCGGGAGCCGUGCCAUACAACCCAAAGUCGUACGACCUUAGUUUUAACUCAUCUUAUGGCGCGUACAGCACGUAUGGCUCCAACUCGUCCCCUACUCCAGCAGACACAGAAAAGGAAGAGAGCGAGCCAGAAAUCCGAAUGGUGAAUGGAAAGCCAAAGAAGGUUAGAAAACCUCGGACCAUUUAUUCCAGUUUCCAGCUGGCUGCACUGCAGCGAAGGUUUCAGAAAACACAGUAUUUGGCUUUACCGGAGCGGGCCGAGCUGGCGGCGUCUUUGGGCCUGACGCAAACACAGGUUAAAAUAUGGUUCCAAAACCGACGCUCCAAGUUCAAGAAGUUAUGGAAAAGUGGAGAAAUCCCCCCAGAGCAACAUGUUGCUUCAAGUGAGUCUCCCCCCUGUUCCUCUCCCCCAACCACCGCGUGGGACUUUCCACAGACUCCAAGAAUGAACAGUGUCACCCCGAGUUUACCUCCGAGCAGCAGCCCGCCCAACACCACUGCGCCUCCGUCCUUUUUGGCGAACUACUCCUGGUACUCACCCACGAACUCUACGACGCAUCUGCAGCCCCCGCUGGUCCAGCACCACCACAACUCCGCCAUUAGCGCCGGAACGAUAUUUUGAAAGGACGAUACUGGUGAAAACUAAAGCAUACCAAUACCCUCAUUCUACAGACCUCGUGUGUGGGCCGUGCGUAAUUUACGCGCGUACAAGACAUGAACAGAACGGAACCGAAAUGGUGUAAGGACAUUGGUAGAUGCAGAUUACUACAGUUAUUUUUGUAUUUAUUUAUUUUGUCUAUGUGGAGGGAUGGAUGAACCACUAUAUCCAAAGCAAUCCCAGCCUGGACACAAGCCUGUUUUUACGCGGACGUCACUUUUUGCCACCCCUGCAUAUCUAUCAUGAACUGCAGGACAACCUCACACAAUGUAGCACAAGUUAACUGUAUCGUGCCUUUCAAAAUGACCUCAUUUGUUGUGCGAUAAAAAGAUUACUUUAAUUCAUUCCUUAUUUUAAAACGUUUUUAACUUUCCACAGACCCUCGUUUGUAAAUAUGUUACCAGCUUUUAAUCGCCCGUGCCGCUAUGACUCCGAAGCUCUUGGUGCAAAGCCAUUAUCCAACCUAAGCUACUGAUUGUCUUACCCUCUGAUUUUCUUGUAACACACAUAUUUGUAUGUUGUCUUAUUUAUUUUAGCAGUGUUUCAUAUACGACAAGACGUUAUUUAAAUAAAAAUGU